AUGCGGCAGAGAUUCCAGUCAGCAGGCUCGUCAAUGAUCAUUUUCCCGCUUCAUAUAGCUGUUCGGCAUGUUUAUAUUGCAACGUUUGCGCAUCAACUGGUCUGGAAUCUCCCGUUUGCCAACCCAGUCUCAACCAGAAGCAAAAAUGACGACAAUCAUGUCAUCAUUGCCUCAGGUGGAAGGGCCAACCUCGUCCACACCAGCAACCCCAGCCACGUGUUUUUGACCGUUGAUCUGACCCGACACCACGUUGUAUAUAUACACAUCCCGCCCAGCAAAACCAUUAAACCCAGGUUAUCAGCUCCUAUUUUCCAUUUCAACAUGCAAAUUGAAAAUAAAAUAUACCUCCGUGAGCGCAGACUCCGUUGUACUUUUUUCGCUCACAUCGCGAACCUGACGCGUUUGGGAGGCACGCGACACAAACACCCAAUCAGCGAAAUUGUUUGCUCCAGUUCUCCAUAA